ACAGUGGCACCAUCGUCUUCCUCCUCUCUUAUCCGGAAGGAAGGACACCAUGCUCCCCAUGUCCGUCCACCCCGCCACUACACCGGCCCUCGCCUCGCGGCCCCGGGUCUCCCCGCCCAGACCUUCCACCUCCUCCUCUUCCUCCCACGCCAUUGUCCACUUCCACAGCAGGAGGCUGCCCCUUCGCUCGCUCCGCAGCGUCGCCGCCGCCGCCGGGGAGCCCUACGUCGGUUUAGGAGAAGAUGAGCCACUUGGUGGAGAAGUAGCUGCGGAAGCCGUGGAGGAAAGCGAGGAGUACAAGGUGGAGGUGCCCGAGAAGCAGGACCCGGUGCUGGUGCUGAAAUUCAUAUGGAUGGAGAAGAACAUCGGCAUUGCCCUCGACCAGAUGGUUCCGGGCUUCGGUAGCAUCCCCUUGAGCCCGUACUACUUUUGGCCACGGAAGGAUGCGUGGGAGGAGCUCAGAGCAAAGCUGGAGGAGAAAGAGUGGAUCUCGCAGAAGCAGAUGAUCAUCCUUCUCAACCAGGCCACUGACAUCAUCAACCUCUGGCAGCAGGGCGGCGGCAGCUUGUCGUCAUGAUGGGCUCUCUGUUCUCCAGGCCUCAUGAGCUGUUUAUCGUCUCUGUUCUUGGUUUAUUUCCAUGGCUCUCUGUUGUUAAUGUCGAAGCCACACGGUACAUGACCCUGUAGAUGGAUUCAGUUUGUUUUCAUAUGAUUAUGUUUGUGGAAAUGAUUUUUUGGUUAGGGAUGCUGUUAUACAAAAACACUGUGUAGACGAUCGACAGUGAAUGAUUCUACUUUAACAAUA